AACUCUGCGAAGCGACCAACCGAGCAGGCCGCGUCGCCGUAUAUAUACGCGCCCGUGCGCGGGGGGAGGCGGAGGCGGGCCUGGGAGGUUGGGGGAAGGGGCAAUGGGGGAGUCGAGCGGGUCGGGGUCGGUGUCGGUGGACGUCGAGCAGAUCUCCUUCGGCGGCAAGGACCAUCUUGUGAGAACGAGAUGCGGUUCUGUAACCGUUGCUGUGUAUGGGGACGAGGACAAGCCCGCACUCGUUACGUACCCGGAUGUAGCGUUGAAUUACAUGUCCUGUUUCCAAGGAUUGUUCUUUUGCCCGGAAGCGGCGUCCUUGCUGCUCCACAAUUUCUGCAUCUACCACAUCAAUCCUCAGGGGCACGAGUUGGGAGCAGCUCUGGUCCCGUCUGAAGUGCCGGUGCCAUCUGUUGAUGAUCUUGCCGACCAGGUCGCAGACGUGCUUGAUUUCUUCGGUUUAGGAUCUGUGAUGUGCCUGGGUGUUACAGCUGGUGCCUAUGUUCUCACUCUCUUUGCGACCAAAUACCGGGAGAGGGUAAUAGGUCUGAUGUUGGUUUCCCCUCUAUGCAAAGCCCCAUCGUGGAGUGAAUGGUUGUAUAAUAAGGUAUUGUUAAAUUUGAUUUAUUAUUAUGGGACUCGAGGCUUAGUCAAGGAAUGCUUGCUUCAGCGGUACUUCAGCAAGAAAGUGCGUGGGGAUGCUCAAUAUCCUGAAUCAGACAUCGUGCAAGCCUGUAGAAGUUUACUUGAUGAGAGGCAGGGUGAAAAUAUUUGUCGGUUUCUUCACUCAAUAAAUGAGAGGCAUGACCUAACAGACUCAUUGAGGAAGCUGCAAUGCCGCACACUAAUUUUUGUGGGAGAGGACUCAGAAUUCCAUGAGGAUGCCAUCCAUAUGACCACAAAGCUGAACAGAAGAUACUGUGCACUAGUUGAGGUGCAGGAUUGUGGCUCCCUUGUAACCGAGGAGCAGCCGCACGCGAUGCUGAUGCCAAUGGAGUACUUCCUCAUGGGAUAUGGACUUUACAGACCGUAUCAGCUGAGCAGCAGCCCUCGAAGUCCACUAAGCUCGUGUUGUAUAUCUCCUGAGCUGCUAUCUCCUGAGAGUAUGGGUGUGAAGCUGAAGCCAAUAAAGACUCGUGUCCCUAUCGAUUUAUAGCUCAGGGAAACAAGCCUCAGGAGUCGGAAUGAAAACGAGCUACCUAUCUUACAUCUCAGAAAACUGAAGGAAGCCACAAGCUGGUUGCUCUAGGCACACGAGUAGUGGUCACACCUCGCUUAUAUACCUUGGCAAAUGGCCAUUUUUGUUCUGGAUAACCUGUAUAAUCUACAUCACAGAGACAGAACAAAUGGGAGCCCUGUAAAGGAGAUAACCAGGAUGUUUCUUUGUUCAAUUUGUUUAUGUAGUCAGCAGCCAGAAAAAAUGUACAUCUCAAAAUAGUUUGACAGAAACAAUAAGAAUCAAUCACUGUUCUUCA